AUGGAAUCAACUAUCAAGACUGCAGAGAUUCAUCAUAUUUAUGCUACUUUUCUUUGUGAUAUUGUGUAUUAUUGUGCUGCUGCCAUGGACUGAUGGUUCCUUUAAAACUGAUUUCCAGACAGACUAUAAAAAAGCUCAAUUUAUAGAUAAAAACAAAAUUUUUAUUGGACUUGAGUUCACUGAAGAAGCAAACCAUGAACGAACUUCAUUUAGGAAAAAUGUUAAUGAAAAUAUUCCUAGGCUGAAGAUGGAAAAAGUAAGUUUUGAUGGUGGUAACAAUGUAUUUAUGGAAAAGAUUAUAGCAGCUGCUAACAAACAGAAAGAAACAUCAGAGGCUUCAGCUGAUGCAGAUUCUGCAUUGGACAAGCAACAAGCAGUGAUUGCAGCAUUUCUGCAUGCAUGGAAAGGAUACAAAAAUUGUGCUUGGGGUCAUGAUAAUUUGAAGCCAAUUACCAAAGGGUUUCAUAAUUGGUUUGGUUUAGGUCUUACAAUUGUCGAUUCUUUGGAUACAAUGUAUAUGAUGGGGUUACAAAAGGAGUUUAAUGAAGCAAAGGAGUGGGUAAAAGAAAAACUGAAUUUUAAUGUAAAUAAAGAUGUCAAUUUCUUUGAAACUACCAUACGAGUAAUGGGUGGUCUUCUCAGUGCCUUUCAUCUUUCAAAAGAUUCCAUUUUUUUAGAUAAAGCAGUUGACUUAGCAAACAGAUUGAUGCCAGGAUUUCGAAGUUCAUCAGGAGUACCAUAUUCUGAUGUCAAUCUUCAGACUGGACAUGCACAUGCUCCUGCUUGGGGUCAAGAUAGCUCUGUUUCCGAAAUUUCUACAGUACAGCUGGAGUUUCGGGACAUUAGUCGUCUCACUGGUGAUCCAAAAUAUGAAAUGGAAGCCUUCAAAGUAUCUCAGCAUCUUCAUGCAUUAUCAAAAAAGGAUGGACUAAUUCCAAUGUUCAUUAAUGCUGAAAGUGGUCAGUUUCGUUCUACUUCAACAAUAACCGUAGGUGCAAGAUCAGAUAGUUAUUAUGAAUAUUUAUUAAAGCAAUGGAUACAAACUGGAAGGACAAUUGAUUGGCUAAAGGAAGAUUACAUUGAAGCUGUUAAUGGAAUUAUGAAGCAUCUCGUUAAACAGUCAUAUCCAAGCAAAUUUACAUUUAUUGGAGAGCUUUUAAGUGGCCGCAGUUAUAGUCCGAAAAUGGAUCAUCUUGUUUGUUACUUGCCUGGAACAUUAGCACUGGGAUACCAUUAUGGAAUGCCCUCUUCUCAUUUACGUUUUGCAUUUGAUUUGAUGGAGACCUGCUAUAAUAUGUAUGCUAAAACUGCUACAUUUUUAAGCCCUGAGAUAGCAUAUUUUAAUCUAUUGCCACAUGGAACUGCUGAUAUUAUAAUUAAGAGUAAUGAUGCCCACAACUUGCUUCGCCCAGAAACUGUUGAAAGUUUAUGGUAUUUAUAUCAUUUAACUCACAAUGAAACAUAUCGUGAAUGGGGAUGGAAUAUAUUUCAAGCUUUUGAAAAAUAUGCUAAGGUUGAAGAUGGUGGUUAUACUUCUAUUGGUGAUGUGCGUAAUCCCCAGAUAACUAAGCCAAGAGAUAUGAUGGAGAGCUUCUUUUUAGCAGAAACUCUAAAAUACUUAUUUUUAUUAUUCAGUGACAAUCAAGAAUUAUAUUCGUUAGACAGGUAUAUUUACAAUUCUGAAGCACAUUUGUUACCUAUUUUGAAUUCCUAAUGAUGAAUGUUAUAGUCCUUCAUUAUGUUUAUGCAUAUAAUAUAGAAGAUAAUUGUUAAUUAUUUAUUGUUGAAAAUUCAAUGAUUUAUAUGUACUUAAAGUUUCGAAUAUUUUUUUAUGAUUCUGAUUUCCUUACACCAUAAUUUAUGUUAUGAAAAUAUUUUUAUGUUUGUUUUAAAUUAUUCAACAGUAUUGCAAUUGCAGUAAAGAAAAACCUCCCUUCCCCAUUUCCUUUGAAUUUUCAACAGGUGAAAUACACUCUCAGAAAAAAAAAAAAAAAUCUACAUGUCUAGAAAAAUUGUUCCAUUAUGAUGAAAUCUAACGUUUUGUUUGAAGAGAGAGAGGUGAGGAAGUGAGUGAAAUUGGAUGGUGAACAGCUCAUUUAUUGUGAAAAUAUAAGUAAAAAAAAAAAAAAACUGUUGGAGAUUAGAAUCAUGCAUAGGCACCACUGAUAACUAUGUUUGAAGUCUCAUAUUUUCUUGCAAAUUUGAAAUGCAGUCAUGCAGGACUAGCUGCAGGAUAGUCUUGUAAUUGCUCAGUAAGUUCACACUUAUUCUGAGAUGGCUGUGACUAACAUCCUAAUGUGUCCCGUGUGUAUUUAAUUGAGGUGAAAGCUAGAAAUCCAUCAGGGGUGGGUCCUGACAGUAAACUUAAUGUUCUUUAGACAUAUUCAUUGUGUGCAGAAGAGAUUGAGUCUGACAGACUCAGUAGCAUUGUUGUAAUAAGUUGCAGGAUAUCAGUGCAUUUGAUGAACAGUUAAAGUGUUGUGUUGGGCCAGUAAAAGUGAGUUGAAACUCGAAUCUAGUACAUUGCAAAUUUCACGGUUGCAUCACCAGAGUAGGCCAUAUUGUCAAUACUUGGGAGCUAGACAUUGCAAUGGAUACUGAUAAUGAAGCAUUCUCUCAACAGUAAAGCAUUCUAUCUUACCCAAUGAUAUGUGAAUAAGUGUGUCAGGUAGAGAGAAGGUCCUUAUGCAAUUAUGACAGCUUUUUGAUAGCAUUAAUCCUCUCGAGAAGGUAAUUGCUACGUUCAACACUAUUACAGUCACAUAAUUAGGUAUACUAGCAUCUUCUUCUUUUUGACCUAACAUCAUCACUCGCUCUAUUGGUUUUACCAUCAUCAGAAUUUUCUUUGGGGUUCUCUUAAUUGGUAAUGCGAACAGUACUGCUACCUGAAAAGUCUAUCUUGAUACCUUUGUGCUGCAUUGUGCUUAACUAUAGCCCAAAUUAAGCAGUUUUAAAUUAAGUCGAAGGAAACCUUUGAAGGUGCGCUAAUUUUGGAAGCUUACUAUGGGUUCCGUGCUAACAGGGUAACAGAAAGUUCUUAAAAAUUUUAUACAGUUAGGUUUGCAAAUAUUUUAAUUUGAAAUUUUUAAAAAAUAAAAUAUUCUAAAUGUCAUGCACCAAAAUCAGUUUAAAUUUUAUUGGAAAUAAAAUAUUUAAAUUUUAUUGGAAAUAAAAUUGAAUUGAGUGUAAUUCCCAAUGAAAAAAAUGUAAAUGUCUUUAAAACAGAAUUGCUUGGAUUUGGUAGUAUUAUAGUUUUUAAUCCUACACCAAUUUUGAAUUCUUCUCUGAUCAUUUUUAGUACAGUACAAAAUCUGUAAUCCGGACGUCCAUUAUCCAGAAUGAUCUAUAAUCCGGACCUCAAAGCCACAAACUUUAAGCAUGCGCACAUUGAAAGAAAUGUUUAAUAAAGUAAACAAAUAAAUAUUAAGC